UCUCCUUGUUCUCCUCGCGUACUAACGAAACUUCCCUUCGCUUCAAAUGUUUCUUUUCCCCGAAGGGGGUGAGAAGGAUAAAAUUCCUUACCGUUGUUUUAUUUUCCAUUGAAGCUUUUCUUCAGAUGCGUAAGGAAGAAAACAGCUCGGAUGUAACCGGGAAGAAGAUCCAGUUCGGCAGCUUCGUUCGAUUCGCGUUUCGCGAUAUGUGAGUGAGAUGGAAACAAACGGUACGGUACCCUCCGCUCACACACGUUCCCUUUGCCCACGGCUGCCCUUAUGUUGCGCUCUCGCGCGCUCUCUCUCUCUCUUUUACUCACAUUGAAAGAAGGCAACGUUUUGCUGCUCUUUCUUUGCUUGCAUCUAUGUAGUAUGCUUUUUUUUCGUUGCUGUUCAAUACUGUUUUCGUCCUGGAGUGCAAGUGUAGCAGCGCAAGUCGAGAAAUAUCGUUUUUGAGUGCGUGCAUCAUGCACGUGUGAAGGUGUGUGUGUGUGUAUAAGUGUAAUUUGUGUAAAGUGCAUGCAGAAACGAAGCAGCGAAGCAGCAGUGAACAAUGAUAUUUUAAAAUUUAUGGAAAAAACAACCGCAAAAGAUUUAAUCGUUUUGACCAAUCGCUAAAAAUGAAAUUAUUCAAUUUUAAAUCACAUCAUAUCUAUCGCGUCUAUCCUUUGGAAUGCUUCUAAUGUUCGUAAAUAAAGUGUUCAUCAUAGUAAAAUUUGAUGGAAAAUUUGAAAAAUCUUAAUCCGCGCGAAAAAUUCAUACGCCGUUUCCUAUGAGACGGGUAUGCUUUUCUUUUUUUUCCUCCCAAAAAAUGCAUGAAAUUCGCGCGCGCAUACACAUACACAUGCUCACACACAGUGUAUGCGUGUGUGUGUGUGCGUUGAACGUCGUCGCCGGUUAUGCUGCGUUCGUUAGAACGGUUCUUUUCUCCCGGUUUUUGCGAAUGAAGUUUUUUUGUGCAAAUCAUAACAGAAGGUGGUGUUGGUGCGAAAACGAGAGCGACAUAAAUCGUCUUCGACAUACGAAUGGGUACUUUUAGUCUUUUUUUUUUACUUCAUUCGUUCCUGUCCUGUCACCCUUUUUCCUUUUUGGAAAGUAAAAAAAAAGGAAGGAAACAGGACGAUAUGUGUGUGUGUUUUUUUUUCUUUUCAUUUGUUGCAAGAUGUCGCGAAAAAGGGGUUAGUUGUGCGUGGAUCUUCUUCUCUUUCUAUUUCCGUUUAUGCAGUGUACGAUUUCGCAAAAAAAAACAUAGGCAGCACGGUGUAUGUUGCCCAGGGGAACGGGAGCUUCCCGUCGUGUGUGCGUGUGUGUGAAUGUGCGAUUGCGUGUAAAACGGAGUGAAAAUAAAAGGGGGGAGUUGUUGGGCCGCGUUACUUCUUGAUCUGGCAGCCAGCCGGUGAGCCAGCCAGCCAGCAAGCGAAAGGUGUGCGUCCGUAGAGCAGUUUUGCAUAGCCAAGGAACGGGAAUUAGCGAAGAAGGUUCUCCGAAGACUCCUCUACGCAUUACGGACGUGUACGGAUUUGUAACUUUGGAGUAAAUGCUUAAUUUUUUUCCUUCCAUUUUUAAAACAUAAAAGUAUAAAAAAGCAUACAUCUUCGCUGGCUGAAAACCGGGCGGCAUAGAGUGUAUAUGCGUGUGUGUGCGCGAGAGAGAGAAAGAGCGAGAGAGUGAGCAAGUUUGCUGACAUCGUCGAAAGUUCUCAAAACAGCCUAUUUUUGGUCUAACUUUAUGGCAACUCGCUUCAAGCGCGUAUAAUUCGUGAAUUGAAUAAAACGAAACGAAAUUAUGGCAAAACUCGCAUAUAAAGUGGCCGACAUUACGCUGGCCGAGUUCGGACGGAAAGAGAUCAUGCUGGCGGAAAACGAAAUGCCGGGUCUGAUGGCGUGCCGGAAGAAAUAUGGCCCGUUGAAGAUCCUGAGCGGUGCCCGAAUUGCUGGCUGUCUCCAUAUGACCAUCCAGACGGCAGUGCUGAUCGAAACACUGCUCGAGUUGGGUGCCGAAGUGCAAUGGAGUAGUUGCAACAUCUUCAGCACCCAAGAUCAUGCGGCCGCAGCCAUGGCAAAUGCCGGCGUCCCGGUAUACGCCUGGAAGGGUGAAACGGAUGAGGAGUACCUGUGGUGCAUUAGGCAGACGCUUAGGUUCCCGGACGGUAAAGCACUGAACAUGAUUCUGGACGAUGGCGGAGAUCUGACCAAUCUGGUGCACUCCGAAUAUCCGGAACUCCUGAAGGACAUUCGAGGUUUGAGCGAAGAAACGACAACUGGCGUGCACAAUCUGUACAAGAUGUUCCGUGCCGGUCGGCUAGGAAUGCCGGCGAUUAAUGUAAACGAUUCGGUGACGAAGAGCAAGUUCGACAAUCUGUACGGAUGUCGGGAAUCUUUGCUGGACGGUAUCAAGCGUGCGACGGAUGUUAUGAUCGCGGGCAAAGUCUGUGUGGUCGCCGGGUAUGGUGAUGUGGGGAAGGGUUGUGCCCAGGCCCUUCGGAGCUCCGGUGGCCGUGUCCUCAUCACCGAGAUCGAUCCGAUUAAUGCACUGCAGGCGGCAAUGGAAGGGUACGAAGUGACAACGAUGGAGGAGGCAAGCCGGGAGGCACAAAUCUUCGUCACGACGACUGGCUGCACCGACAUCAUCGGGGAGGACCAUUUCCUCAACAUGAAGGAUGAUUCGAUCGUGUGCAAUAUUGGACAUUUUGAUUGUGAGAUCAAUGUCACGUGGUUGCGGGAGAAUGCGACUGAGAAGGUGAACAUUAAGCCACAGGUGGAUCGGUACAAGCUGGCGAACGGUCAUCAUAUUAUACUGCUGGCGGAAGGACGUCUCGUCAAUCUGGGCUGUGCGAUGGGACAUUCGAGCUUCGUCAUGUCGAACUCGUUUACCAACCAGGUGCUGGCACAGAUUGAGCUGUGGACGAAUCGGGACAAGUACGACAUUGGAGUGCACGUGCUGCCGAAAAAGCUGGAUGAGGAGGUUGCUGCACUGCAUCUGGACAAGCUUGGUGUGAAGUUGACGAAGCUUAACCCACGGCAGGCAGAAUAUUUGAAUCUUCCGGUUGAAGGACCGUACAAACCGGAACAUUAUCGCUAUUAGAGUUUGAUGAAAGUGUCUCACAAAUUGACAUGCAUCUGUAAUCCUAUUAAACUAUCCUCAAAAAUUAUUCACCAUUUUUUGGAUUAACAUUUCAAACAUUGUCAAGGCAGUUAGUCCUCAAGAAAUAUCAUCAAAUAAAAUGUUUAAAAACAUAUAUCUCAAACUGUGUUCAAAAACACAAUCGUAUUAUUGAUACAAAUGGUUGGGAAUGAUGAUUUCGUUUUCGGGUUGAAUUGUGCAUGUGAACAGUGAACUCUAGCAAUGCACAUCAUUCCUCCCUUCCUUCUACGAGAACGUUCAUUCCGUUUCGUUUGCCUCCCGCUACACGCACGGUGAUGACAUUCGAAGGUAGAUUUGCUUUGCGACAGUACGCUAGCAAUUAUUUCCCAAAGUAAGGAGAGAAGUGGAUGUGGAUGGGUUUGAGGUAGAAAAGAAGGUAAAUAAUUGCACCGUGUACGUCCUCUCCCUUUGCAUCUUGCUCAUUUGUCUUUCCACUGCGACGUACAUGCGACACAUCGCAACACAUUGUUGUGUAAUUUAGUGAAACAAUCAAAAACCAUCAUGUCGAGUUCAGGCAAAAGAAGCGAUUCAAUUUAAUGUUUGUGGGUUGUGGCACACCAAGCGAAGGCACACACCAUCGAUGAUGAUAAUGGUUCCCUGGCUGGAGUUUCUCUCUUUCCUUUUUGUAACGGUAGACGAACGAUAAAACGACAUUUACGAUUGUUUUUUAAACCACAGAAAAAAGUGGAGCGACCGCAUCUUCCACCAGCGGUGCAUGACAAGGCGUUGCAUUGGUUGCUUCGGACCCGAUGAUGCACCAGGAAAAUGAAGCUU